ACGUACGAUAAGGUCCGAAAAGAGUGGGUGGAUGCGGGUUUAUACCCCAAUCAAAGUUCAUCCACGCCCUCAUCUACGACUACCUCCGCAUCCGUGAAUUUUGCUGGAGAUCGGGUGCGUGAUUGGUAUUGCGGGCUUCAUUCCCGAGAUGUAAGUGGUAAAUUUACCAUUAAUGAUCCGGGAACGAAGAAGGUUGCUGAUGCUGUGAUGGGCUGGAAGGAAAAAGAAGCUACGGGGGAGUUCACCCCAAAAGGCAAUGUUGACGCAUUGCAUAUGGUCUUAGGGAAAGACCACAGUGGGCGGGUAGUCGGAAAAGGAGGCGUCCGCGUGGGGUUACAGAAGGCAUUCGGCAAAGAGUGUGUUGCUACUCAAUCCCGAACGGCACUGCGGGAAGAAGCAGCAACCCUCCGAGCGGAGAUUACGAAGGACGUUCUCGCGAAGUUGGCCACCGUGUUGCAAAAGAUGGGUGCACCCAUUGUGGACUUGGUAGACCUGAUUGUCGAUGAUCAGGGAAGUCAACAUGGGGAUUCUAACGCUUUGGUCGAGCCAACACCCGAGCCCAGUACCCCCGUAGCACCCCAGCUCUUUACUAAUACCCCCGUUGCUCAAAAUCCGGAGCCAACUCCGGUGCCAGUGCUACAGGUACAUAGUUUUUAAAUAUAAUAGCACUUAUUAAUUUAAAUUGCAACGCGUAAUUAAAAUUUUAUUA